UUUUGUAGCUAUCAGAAGCCAGGACUCUGGAACACUGUUGGCUGCCUGUGGAUCUUCUAUACUUACACUGUUACUUUCAGAUCUGCCACUGUUAGAUACUUCCUGCCACCCAUCCUAGUAGUAUAGUACCUUUUGAAAAGGAGUCACAGCUGUUGCCAGCCACUGUCUGCCAGGAGUCCCUCGCCUGACUCCUGUGGUUGCCUUUUCCAUCAUGCCAAAGAAUAAAGGCAAAGGAGGCAAAAACAGGCGCAGAGGGAGAAAUGAAAACGAAUCUGAGAAGAGAGAGUUGGUGUUUAAAGAACAUGGGCAGGAGUAUGCUCAGGUGACCAAAAUGCUGGGAUGCGGACGGUUGGAAGCAAUGUGUUUUGAUGGUGUAAGGAGGCUGUGCCANAUAAGAGGGAAGUUGAGAAAAAAGGUUUGGAUAAAUACCUCAGACAUUAUAUUGAUUGGUCUACGAGACUAUCAAGAUAGCAAAGCUGAUGUAAUCUUAAANUACAAUCCAGAUGAAGCAAGAAGUCUGAAGGCCUAUGGAGAACUUCCAGAAAAUGCCAAAAUCAAUGAAACGUAUACAUUUGGUCCUGGAGAUGAUGAUGAAAUCCUGUUUGAUGAUAUUGGAGAUGAUGAUGAAGACAUUGAUGAUAUAUAACCUAAUNUAAGCAAGUUAUAUUCCAAGUUCUCUGAAGCUAGCUCUNCACAAUUGGCAUCUUGAUCUUCAGCUGUUAAGUAAANCUUCAUUUGGCAAGAGUGUGNCUUNUU